AUGUCACAGAGGCCUGGGGCAUCUAGAACCCUGGGGGUUCCUGGCCUCAGCGUCAUCCACCAGCAAGGCCGCCCGGCUCACCUCCCUGCCCAUCUCGGCCACGGACCCCCCGGGAGGCCCUGGAGAUGCCCGAAGGCCUCCCGUCUGCUGUCCCCAGCGGGACCUAGCUCCACGCAGCAGCCGGAGGAGGGGGAGGAGAGGGGGGCGGUGGCCAUGGGGCGGCGGCAGCAGCCAGCCGGGGCCCCGGCGGCCGUCAAGGCCUCGCUGAUCCUGCUGGCGCUGCUGGCGCGCUCCGAGGCCGUGGUGCGGGCCGUGCUGGACGGCAACGCCAGCGCCGUGGACUUUGCGGAUUUGCCGGCCCUGUUCGGGGUGCCCCUGGCCCCCGAGGGCGUGCGGGGCUACCUGAUGGAGGCCAAGCCCGCCAACGCGUGCCACCCCAUCGAGGGCCCGCAGCCGGGCAACGGCUCGCUGGGCGCCAUCGUGCUGAUCCGCCGGUACGACUGCACGUUCGACCUCAAGGUGCUGCACGCCCAGCGGGCCGGCUUCGAGGCAGCCAUCGUGCACAACGUCCGCUCGGACGAUCUGGUGCGCAUGGCGCACGUCUACGAGGACCUGCGGCGCCAGAUCGCCAUCCCGUCCGUGUUCGUGGGCGAGGCGGCCUCGCAGGACCUGCGGGUCAUCGUGCGCUGCGACAAGGCGGCCCACGUCCUCCUGCUGCCCGACUACCCGCCGUGCCCCGACCUGGACUGCCACCCCGUGCUGGCCGUCUCCUGGGUGCUGGGCCGCGCCCUGGCCCUGCUCACGUCCGCGGUCCUGGUCCUCCGCCGGCUGUGGAACUGGCUCCAGGCCCGGUGGAGCCGGGGGCCCGAGGUCAAGCCGCAGGCCUGCCAGAAGGCGCAGGUCCGCACCUUCACGCGGAGGAACGACCUGUGUGCCAUCUGCCUGGAUGAGUACGAGGAGGGCGACCAGCUCAAGAUCCUGCCCUGCUCCCACACCUACCACUGCAAAUGCAUCGACCCCUGGUUCUCGCAGGCCGCCCGGCGCUCCUGCCCCGUGUGCAAGCAGUCGGUGGCCGGCACGGAAGAUGGCUCCGACUCCACCAUCAACAGCUUGGGCGACGAGGACCCCUCGCUGCCCGGACACCGGCCCCCCAUCUGGGCCAUCCAGGCCCGGCUGCGCUCGCGGAGGCUGGAGCUGCUGGCCCGAGCCGGCUCGCAGGGCCACUCCAGUGGCACGUCCGUGGGGGUGGCCGAAGCCACGGUGUCCUCCCAGAGGCCCCCAGAACCCCUGUGAGGCACUGCGGCGCCCGGGCUGGCCACGAUCGGGCCGGGGAGGGUGGAAAUGCGGAGUGUUUCUAGUCGAGAGAGAAUAAAGUGGGUUUGA